AUGAAUGACAAACUAGUCUUCUUGGGGCUGCUGUACUUCGUUCAGGGCAUCCCCUACGGCCUUCAGUCUUCCCUACUUCCCGUGUACCUGCGUGGAGCUGGGCAUUCACUGACACGCAUUGGCUUCACCAAGAUCCUGUACUUCCCAUGGGUUCUCAAGGUGCUUUGGGCCCCAUUGGUGGACAGGAUUGGGACAAAGCGGCGUUGGCUGGUGGCAACAGUAUCUGGACUGGCGCUGACAUGUCUCACAAGUUCUGCACUGGCUCCAGAGAUGCACAUCUGGGCAGUGGCAGGAACCCUGCUAGCCAUGAAUACCCUUGCCUCUGUUCAAGAUAUUGCAGUGGAUGGCGCUGCAGUGGGACUGUUGAAAGGGCGCGGGGAACUCGGACUGGGUAACACAGCCCAGGUUGUGGGCUAUAAAGCCGGAUCAGUGUUUGCUGGUGGCGGACUGCUUGCUGUGAUUGACGUGGCCGGGUGGAGCUGGAUGUUUAUGCUGCUAACGUUCGUGUAUGCAGGCGUGGCUCUUUUUGUGUGGGGGGCUCCUGUGUUGGAUGAAGAACCUGUGAGGGGCCAGUCGGCAGAUGGGAGCAGAAGAGGAGGGCAGACUGGCGAUGCUUUGAUGCCAUGGAGAGUGUGGAGGAAGCUGUUGGCUGUCCCAGGUACCGCUUGGACAGUCCUCUAUGUGCUGACAUACAAAUUAGGCGAGCAAGGUGCUGUCACCAUGUUUCCCUUGUUUCUGUUGGAUCACCACAUGACUGCCAGAGAGCUCGGCUUCUGGAACGGCAUCAUCGCCAUGGGCUUCUCCAUCUGUGGCUCCUCACUGGGAGGGUUAUUGCUCGCACAGUUCAGUAUCGGCGCUCUCAUGCGACGUGUUUUUGUGUUGCGGACCAUUAGUAUGGUCUUCCAGAGCUCCUUACUCACUGUGCUGGAACCGUCGUCACUCAUGACAGGUAUGGCCGUCUUGAGUAUGAGCGUUCAACACUUCCUGGGUGGUCUGAUCACCACGCUCACCUUUACGACCAUGAUGCAUUGCACUCAGAGGGCAGAGGAGAGCAUUCAGGCAACUCACUACAGUUUCCUGGCAACUCUGGAAGUGUUGGGAAAGCUGAUGUUCAGCGCUUUGGCCGGAGGUGUGGUAGAUUGGUUCGGCUUCCAAGUGGCCUUCCUCUUCUUCCUUACCCUCUCCGCUGGAACAGCCCUGCACGUGUGGACGGCUACUUUUACUGGUGCUCUCAGGGAACACCAACUCAAAGAGCAGCCCAAAUGA